AUGAAGACCUCCGCAGCUGCCCUUGCUGUGCUUUUGGUGGCUGUCCUCUGCUACCAGGUGUCCUCUUCUCCAAGUUCUGUCAAUGUUUCUGGUCCCUGCUGCCUCAGAUACAGUACCAAAGCGUUUCCCUUGAGCCGCGUGGUGAUGUACGAGCACACGGGCAGCCACUGCGUCCAGCCAGCCGUGAUAUUUACCACAGUCAAAGGCAGGCUGGUCUGUGGGAAGCCUGAUGAGCAGUGGGUCCAGGACAUCGUGAAUCACCAGAAGGACAAGGUCAGACUCCAGAAAUCCCUGGAGCACCUUUCGAAGGAAGUGGAGGACAUGAAGAGGCGCGAGUCAGUGGAAAGGAUGAAAACCCAGGAGUGCAAGGCAGGUGCCUGGCUUAAUGCUUCAAGAACGAGCUCCAGAGAGAUCAGCAGUUAUGGUCUUGCGUGGGGCCACGAGUUCGGCACAGUCCUCAGGGGUGAGAAGCUGCUGCUCCAGAAGCUGGAGGAGGAGGAGAAGCAGAUUCUGCUGAUGAUCAGUGAAAACCUGGCCAGGCUGGUGGAGCAGAAAUGCGUGCUGGAGGAGCUGAUCCUGGAGAUAAAGGAGAAGACCCAGCAGCCAGCCCAUGGGCUGCUAAAGGACAUGAAAAUCGUCCUGAGCAGGUGCGAGUGGAUAAAGCUCCAGUCCCCCAAGCCUGUGUCUGUGACCCUGAAGGAAAACUACAGCAUCCCCGAGCGCUGCUUGGGCAUGAGGGACAUGCUGAAGAAGUUCAAAGCUUUGUCCAGCUGGUCCCAGUUUGCGUACUGCCGCAAAGGCAACGUCCUCUUCUCCCCAAACAACGGGUACUGGGUGCUGCGGCUGCAAAAUGGGGGCAACUAUGAGGCCCUCACCGCACCCGUCUCCCCUCUGACGCUGAGCGUGAGACCCCGGUGCGUCGGGAUCUUCCUGGACUACGAGGCAGGAGAAAUCUCCUUUUACAACGUGAGCGACCGCUCCCACAUUUACACCUUCACCGACAAGUUUUUUGGGAACCUCCGGCCACUCUUCUUCCUGGGUGGCUUUUUGGGGGGCAGAAACGCAGAGCCCUUGGUGAUCUCCUGGGUCAGGGACACACAGGGGUCUGGGUGCAUCAUCCUGUGA